CUUUUUCUUUAUUGUUCUUCUUCUCCUUGUAUAUUAAAAAUAAAAAAAAAUUAUGGCUAGCUCAGAUACGGAUGAAACUUUCUCAUCUAGUGUUUCGAUGCAAAGCAAUUAUAUUCUUCCUCCUUUAUCUCACCAAAAUUCCUCUGAUGGUCUACUUUCUCUUCAACUGGCUGAACUCUUGGAUACUCAACAAGGACAACCUAAUGACAACAACAAACCAUCCGACAAUACAUCUUCUUUACCUUCAUUACAAGCUCAUACUAGCGAUUCUUCUUCUGACGAAGACUCUACAGUUCCUUCUCCUUUGUUAUGGGUUCCUGCAGACCGACACCCUGAAAUAGCUCCUAGUGAAUUUGCAAAAUGGCUCGAAACCAAUGGACCAAAUAGUAUAGCAAGAAAAACCUCUUUACGACGAAAAUCAUCUAUUUUAUCUCAAAUUCAUAUACCAUCAGAUGACAACAAUAACAAUUCUAUACAAACUUUUUCUCCCUCCUUAUCGAAAUCAUCCUCUUUGAUCAUGAUCCCUGAAAAUAGUGAUAAUCAAGAUACUUCGCGUGUAUUGGCUCCUAGAGGAAGUAGAUCAUUACUUCGAAGAUCAGCUUUUUCAGCUCGAGGUAGAGGACGAAAGCAAUUUGGUAGUAGACAUGGACCUGUUAACAAUAAUACCGAUCAACGUACUAGUGGAGAACAAGAAUCAACCAUGGAAUUAUCAACUAAAGAACCUGUACGACUUUAUGACCGACCUGUUAGUAUGAGUGAAUGGAUUGAUUUAGGAAAUGCCAGUCUAGGUUCUUCGGAUGAUUCUCAGCUUGGCAUAUUAUCUCGUGUACAUGAUGCUGAAUCACAUCUUUUAUCACAAUUAACGGACACAAACAGUAGUAGCAUCGAAAAGAAUGACGAUCAACGAACACAAUUAUCUGCUAAAAGAGGUUCGUUACGACGGGUGGAAGAUGAACGACAUGCUCAACAAAAACAACAAGAACGACGAAAUAAUAAUAAUAAUAAUAAUAUUGAAAAAAUCACUUUACCAACACCACCUUCAUCACCAAAUAAUGGCAACAAAAAAUCAGGUUUCGGAUCCCUCUUUUCACGUAGCAAAUCAGAACACAAGACCAAACGACAUCAUUUUGCAAAACUUCAACAACAUGUGAUCUCUGGUGUUACUAAUGGCACUCCUUUACUUUCCAACAACAAGAAUGGACGAUUGUCUCAUGGGGACGGUAAUAAACAGGACUUACAGCUUUCCUAUCAUAGUUAUCGAUUACCAAUUCAUGUGGAACGAGCAGUUUAUCGAUUAUCUCAUUACAAAUUGGCAGAUCCAAGGCGUCCUUUACAACAUCAAGUAGUGAUAUCAAAUCUUAUGUUUUGGUAUCUUUCCGUUAUUAAUACUCAACAACAACAACAACAACAACAACAACAACAACAACAACAACAAGAAUCAACAAAUAACAUCGAUAUUAAUACAUCGACAUCUUCCACCAAUUCAAUAUUACCCUCGACACAACCAGCAUCCAAUACCAAUGUUGAUGAAGCAUUACAAGAUCAAUUACAUAGAGGUCAAAAGACUGGACGCAUAGGAAUACCCAAACCACGAUCAACAACCACCAAUGGUGUAACAUUACACAAAUCGACUGUUCAGGAUCGUCCCCACAAUAAUGAUUCUAGAAAACAAGAUGAAGAAGAAGAUGAUAAUAUCCCUCUUAGUUUCUUCAAACAAGGCCAAUGA